CCCUUUGCUGGAAGCCAGUAGAGAUGCAAUUAGUAGAGAUGACAUUAGUAGAGAUGAAAUUAGUAGAGAAUUAAAACCAUGGGCUUGGUGUUUGCCAAGCCCAGUGCCAGGAUACACACAUUAUCUCAUUAAUCCUCCCAACAAUAUAACAAUGCAUUAUUAUCUCCAUUUUUCAGAGGAGUAAUCUGAGGCUCAAAGUUCAGUAGCUCCCCUAAGGUCCCACUGGUAAUGUGAGCUCUCUUCUUUAGGAGUCCUUUAGUUAUCGUUGCUCUGCUGUAUCAUCUGGGCUGUUUGGACCAGAAGCCUUGAAUCCUUUCUCCUGGGGAGUGCCUUUAGCUCUCCUGUCCUGAUGCAUUAGUGGAUCUGAGAGAAUCUGAGAUGCCUCAACUUGCAGGAGCCCAACUGGUGUGAAGUUCUCCCACUAUCCUGCCUCUGGCCCCCAGUUCCACACUGACCUCCACAUCCCAGAGAAGUGACUCACAGAAAUCAUCAGGUCCUGGAUGCAUGAUGCCACUUGGUUGCCUUGUCUGGACCAUGACUGUUCUACCUGGUGCUCAAUUGUGACCUCAAUGGUCAGGUUGGGCUGUCAGAUAGCAGGCACACAGAGCAAAGCCCAGACUCAAUCCCUCUGAACUGAAUUGGCACAGUAUCACUUGAAGGCUUUCCAUUGGCUUGAGUAAAGACCAGUGCUGAUGACAGGAUGGAGGGAUGGAAGAGCAGUACUUCUGCUGCUGGUCAACCUGCUGCUUCCCCGGGCACACAGCUCCCCAGCAUGGACAUGUGGCCAAAGAACAAGUACCAAACCUGAGAAGUCAGAAAUUUUGGAAAUCACAGGUGGCGUAUCUGCAGACAUAAUAGAUUUUCCAUGGCAGGUGAGGAUUCUUUACCAAGGGAGACAUCUUUGUGGAGGAUCAAUCCUCAGCGAGUGGUGGAUUUUAACUGCAGCCCAUUGCUUCAUAAACAGAAAUAAUUUUGAGAUAAAAUCUGGCUUGGAGAUUAUACAUGGUGAAAGAAACAUUGAUACCAAGAACUUGACAAGGAUGAAAGUGGACAAGUCAAUUAUUCACCCUUAUUUUGACAGCUGGUUCUUGGAUAAUGACAUUGCUUUGCUCUUACUCAAAUCUCCAUUUAAAUUGGGUGUCAAGGAAGUACCCAUCUGCCUGUCAGAGGUUAAUGACAUACAGAAAUGGAGAAACUGCUGGGUGACUGGAUGGGGCAUUACCAUUCCUAUGCAAGAUAUGACUUCACAGCUGCAAAAAGUCAACAUCAAGCUGGUCAAAUGGGAAACAUGCUCCCAUAAGGUGCCUAUACUCACCAGGAACAUGCUGUGUGCUGGGAGCCCUCAAGGUGGGAAGGACGCCUGCCAGGGUGACAGUGGGAGUCCUCUGGUUUGCCAGAAAAACAACCACCAAAGCAUAUGGUACCAACUAGGCAUUGUCAGCUGGGGAGUGGGCUGUGGCCGGAAGAAACUGCCUGGAGUGUACACGAAGGUGUCUAAUUAUCUGUCAUGGAUUGACACAGAGACCGCGAUGUCAGGAAAGCCCUAUGUGCAUGAGCCAGACUCCGGGUACAGUUUGCUUCUCUCACCUUGGGCCAUCUUGUUACUGUAUUUUGUGAUACUUCUACUACCCCAUGAUUAAACACUGUAUUGCCUCAAAACCAAGUAUCCUCAGGGCACUUGGGUGGCUCAGUUU